AUGGAGAAUUUGGAAGAGGGUUUCCGGUUCAGUCCGACUGAUGCAGAAGCUGUUACUUUCUUGUUGAGAUUCAUUGCUGGAAAAUUCAUGGAUGAUUCUGGAUUCAUCACUACUCAUGUUGAUACUUACAGUGAACAAGAACCAUGGGAUAUUUACAGUCAUGGAGUACCCUGCUGUAAUGACGACGACUGUAGUCAGUAUCGCUUCUUCAUCACAAAGCUCAAGAAGAAAAGCGAGUCCAGAUAUAGUCGUGAUGUGGGAAAUAAGGGCAGUUGGAAACAGCAAGACAAGAGCAAACCUGUUCGAAAGAACGGAGGACCAGUGAUUGGAUACAAGAAGAGCAUGUGUUAUAAGAAUAAAGGCUAUAAACAGGAAGAUGGCCAUUGGUUGAUGAAGGAAUACGACCUCUCAACGUAUAUUCUUGAUAAAUUUGACAAGGAUUGCAGAGAUUAUGUUCUAUGUGCUAUUAAGAAGAGAACUCGCACCAAAGCCACAAUGAUGCAUGUUGAUGAAUGA